AUGGCGCGGCCGCUCGGCCUGGGUCUCGCCCUCGCGCUCCUCCUCGCCAUGUCAGCGACCGUGCUUCCUCUCGCCAGCUCCGCUGACGACUACGCGCGCUGCGAGGGGGCCGUCAAGGGCUGGGCGGACUCAGUCGGGGAGGGCGACAAUGGCGGCGACAAACUGAACCUCAAGGAUUUGCUCUUCUUCCUUCACAUUCCCAGAACCGGUGGGCGUACCUACUUCCACUGUUUCUUGAAGAAGCUGUAUACGAAUGCUCAGGAAUGCCCCCGCUCCUAUGAUAAGCUGCGGUUCGACCCAAGCCAUCCUGAUUGCACGCUGGUUGUUAGCCAUGAUGACUAUAGCUUAACUUCAAAGCUGCCAAGGGAGAGGACUUCCGUGGUGACAAUACUAAGGAAUCCAGUUGAUCGUGUGUUUAGCACGUAUGAGUUCUCCGUGGAAGUUGCAGCCAGAUUUCUUGUGCAUCCAAACUUAACAUCUGCCAAGACAAUGACCAGCCGUGUGUUAACAAAAUCACGUGCUGUAAGUACACUGGACAUAUGGCCUUGGAAAUACUUGGUUCCAUGGAUGAGAGAAGAUCUUUUCGCCAGGAGAGAUGCUAGAGGGAAUGACAGCGUGCCAAGUAGCAAGAAGAUUAAUGCAUACGAUGUGGAAGACAUGGUUAUGCCAUUGCACCAGUACAUCAAUGACCCUGUUGCCCAUGAAAUCAUUCACAAUGGAGCUACCUUUCAGAUCACUGGGCUAACAAAUAAUUCUUACUUCAAUGGCGCACAUGAGGUUCGACAUUGUGUUAGAAAGCACCCUGAUCUUGGUCGUUUUGUGCUUCAAGUUGCUAAGAACAGGCUGGACCGUAUGCUGUACGUAGGACUUACAGAGGAUCAUGAGGAAUCUGCAAGGUUGUUCGCUCAUAUGGUAGGAGCACAAGUGCUUUCACAAUCUGGAGCGUUGAAGUUAGAUGUUCAGGAAGAUCAACCCAGUGGCACCGACUCUCACUCGUCCAUGCUGGAUCCAGAGGAUGAAGAAACAAAUGAACAUAUGAAUAGCACCCAUGGCUGGAAAAAUAAUGAAGCUCUGAACACUACUGAGGAUGAUCAUGGAAAAGGAAAUAUGACUGUUGGUAAACUGAUGGAAACUUACGAGGGUUGCAUUGCAAAACUGCGAAAGUCCCAAUCUAGCCGUCGCAGAAUAUCCCUAAAGAAGGUUGAGGCGGCAAAUUUUACAAAGGCGGCAAGGCGUCAUGUACCUGAGGCAAUUCUGAAUCAAAUUAUCUCACUGAACAGCCUAGACAUGGAACUCUAUGAGUAUGCUAAGAAGAUUUUUGAACAAGAACAUCUUAUGCUUAAAGGCCAGCAUCCGAUGGUGGUGCAGCAGAAACAAUUGGCAGAUCAAAUGGUUCGGUCAAGCUCAUAUGAAGGCCAGCAUCCCAUGGUGGUGCAACACAAACAAUUGACAGAUCAAAAGGACUGGAUAGAUGCGGUCUGCGAAUCCUGGAGUUGCUUUACCUGGUGGAAGGUGGCCUCAUUUGGUCUCGGGAUUGCGGUGACCACGGUUUUUGUUGUGUUUGUUGUAACAGGUAGAAGAACAUUAAAACUUAAGGUUUGA